UCUCCACCUUCUCUCCACCUCCUCUGCUUCACACGUUCCAAUCACCACAACAGCCGAUACAAAAGAUGUCUUUGACUGCCGCAUGCUGCAACACCCCCCCAACGGAGGCUCACUGGCACAACAAGGGCAAGCAGGUGGAGCUGACGAAGGAAAUCGCAGGCGACAAACGAACGACCUAUCGCACCGGACCCACGGAAUCGAAGCGCGGUUUGAUCGCCAUCUAUGAUAUCUUUGGCUACCACCCUACCACCUACCAGUUCUUUGACCGCAUCGCCGAGUCCCACGGCGGCUUCCAACUCUCGGCUCCCGAUUUCUUCAAGAACGGUGGUAUCCCACCCGAGGCCAUGGGUCCUAACGUCAUGGACUGGAUCCACGCCAACGGCGAUUACCAGAAGAACCAUAUCGGCGAGAUUAUCCGGGCGGCCAUUGAGGAUCUGCACAAGGACGGAUGCACGUCCGUUUCGAUCUUUGGACAGUGCUGGGGCGCGUUGAUGAGCGUCAAGGCCGCUUCGGAAGAAGGCUCGACGUUCUUGGCGGCGGGUGGACCCCAUCCUUCGUUCUUUUCUGUGGAGACGACCAAGGAUUCAAAGGCGCCUUUGAUUGUUCUCGCGUCGAAGGAUGAGGCCGACAUGCUGCCUUUGAUCGAGGUCAACAAGCAGAAGGGCUUCCCUAUCGAGCCCUUCCACAAGCGUUUCGAUAACAUGCACCACGGCUGGACCGGAGGACGUGGCGACUGGACCCAGCCGGACCAGUUCAAGGCUGGAUUGGAGGCCGCGGACCUCUUGGGUUCGUUCUUUGAAAAGGCAGCCGUUGCCCACGAGAGCAGCAAGCUGUAAGAAGAUCGGCAGCUCAUCAUAUAGCAACAAAAUGCUUAAAAUAAAAUAUAUGUAUAUAUAAAAAAAAAGGCAGAAUGCUCUCAUUGGAGUCCUACAACCCACAGUUGAACUGUUAGUAAUGUGUAAUACGA